GGGCGCGGUGUUCGUGCCGGAAGAGGCCGGAGGCUUUCCGAACCGAACGGAAGCGGCGCGGCUGAGUCUGCAGAAGCAGAGGGCAUGGCUAGCGCGUCGUCGGAGCCGGAGCCUGAAGGGGAGGCCGAGGCGCUGGCCGCGGCCCGCGAGCGGUGCCACCUCUUCCUGAGCGGCCUGGAGCUGGUACAGCAGGGCGCCGAGGCUCGCGUCUUCCGCGGCCGUUUCCAGGGCCGCGCGGCGGUGGUGAAGCACCGCUUCCCUAAGACCUACCGGCACCCGGCGCUGGAGGCGCGGCUCGGCCGGCGGCGGACGGUGCAGGAGGCGCGCGCGCUGCUCCGCUGCCGCCGCGCGGGGAUAGCUGCUCCAGUUGUCUUCUUUGUGGACUAUGCUUCCAACUGCUUAUAUAUGGAAGAAAUUGAAGACUCGGUGACUGUUCGGGAUCAUAUUCAAUCCACUAUGGAGACUGAAAAAGACCCCCAAUGCCUGUUCGGCUUGGCCAGGAGAAUCGGGCAGGUUCUGGCUAGAGUGCAUGACCAGGACCUCAUUCACGGGGACCUCACCACCUCCAACAUGCUCCUGAAACGGCCCCUGGAGCAGCUGCACAUCGUGCUCAUUGACUUUGGGCUGAGUUUUGUUUCAGGACUGCCAGAAGAUAAAGGUGUUGACCUCUAUGUCCUGGAGAAGGCCUUCCUCAGCACUCACCCCCACACCGAGGCUGUAUUUGAAGAAUUUCUCAAGAGCUACAGUGCCUCAUCCAAGAAGUCCAGUCCGGUGCUGAAGAAGUUAGAUGAGGUGCGCCUGAGAGGGCGGAAGCGGUCCAUGGUCGGGUAGCACAGUGCUGUGGUGACGCUCACAGUGAUGGAUGCUGUGGACGUGGCUGGACCUCAGCAAGGCUGCGGGGUCCUUAAGUGGUCAUCUGUGGCUCACUGUCCUCAGGGGUUUAAUGCACAUAAGGCUUGUUCUUGGCAGAACUGAGUGAGUAGCCCAGGCUGGCCUUGAAUUCAUAGCAACCCUCCUGCUUCAGCAAGGGUGGAGGUUAUGAGCCACCGUGCCUGGCUUUGAACUGACUCUGUAAGAAAUGAAACAACUGCUAUGAAUAUAUUUUUAUAUCUUCUUAUA